CACAGUCCGCAGACCGCCAGUCAAUGCUGGUUAUGUUUUUUUAACGCGCAAAUACAGCUUCAGGUUAGCCUGUGUCGUUUUUGUUUUUGAUCAGCUGUUUUUUUUUUUUGUGGCUGUGCACGGAGCGUUUUCACUGUCGUAUUCUGAAAGCCAUCUGUCUGCUGAGGCGAAGCUGUCACGGAUGUCUGGUGGGGUGUCAUUGUGAAGAUGUGAUUUCUAACACCCAGCACACAUACUGACAACUUCUUCUGCACUGCUCUCUAAUUAUGGCUGUGUGUGUGUGUGUGUGUGUGUGGUUUUCCAUUUCAGAUAAGAAGGACACUGAUUAUUUGAUAACGCAGGGGGAAGAGCCUGUAAAGGUGUCCUACAUUUUCCCGAAUGGAGACAGAUAUGAGGGGGAGUGCAGCAGGGGUGCAGCAGGGGCGUUGAUGAGGAGUGGUACUGGGAAACACACAUCAGCAGGGGGUGUAAUAUACACCGGAGAGUGGCAUGAAGACAAAAUGCAUGGUAGAGGGACCCUGCAGCAUCCCUCCGGAGCAAUAUACGAAGGAGGAUUCAAAGAUAACAUGUAUGAAGGGGCAGGAACAUACACCUUCCCAGACGGCUCUGUGUACAAAGGUCAAUUUCACAAGGACAGGUUGGAGGGAGAAGGGGCGUUCACUGACACACAGGGACUGGCAUGGACAGGGGAGUUCCAUGGCAAAGCAGCACUGGGCCUGAAAAUGCAGUAUAACAGUUAAGACAAAAAACAAACAUGGAUGAGUUAAUCUGAAUAUGGUAUAUUCUUCACUGACAUUCAACUUUAUGGAAUAAAAAAAACACCCUAAAAGUGUACAUAGUCUGUCUUUGUGCAUGUGAUAGGUUUAAAUGUACUCAGCGCUGGCAGUAUGAGCGGUGUGUGUCCACAUGCAUGUAUAUCUGUGUAAUGGUGGUUACACUUCCAUGCAAUCUGAGUCAUGUCUCUUGCCUGAGGUCACUCUUUCAGCUUUAAUUAUCGCUCCACUGGUUGGAUGCUUGAGCGUAGAAAGGGUCUGAGUUUGCUGCUGUUUUUUUGUAUGCAUGCUUUAUAAUGAUAGCUAUGAAUGUGAAUAAAGCCAUGUAGAAUAAGCAUUUUUAACCAAUGACAUCAUUUAAAGUGAAAGCAAGCCAUCAAAAGUUUACAUUAUUUUCUGGUUAUACUUGAUGCUGACUGUAGGACCAGUUGGGGUAUUGUUACAUCAUUAUGCCACCAGCCAAUCACUGAGUGGCAUAUGUUUAUGUCCCCAUCCACUAGAUCUGUACAAGAACAGUCAGAACAUUGGCCUGAGGAGCCUUGUGUGAGAGUGCGUGGUUAGACUGACCUUCAGUGUUCACAUGUGAAGUGCUUUAAAUGAUACACAAAACAAUCACAACUGAUCAACAUUGUUUAAUAAGCAACUCUGAUAUUGUAAUUUGUCAUUCUAGUAAUAAUGCCUCUAUGGAUCUGUAAUUGCACAUACCCCUGAACAACGUCAGUACUGAGUAUUAAUCUAGACUGUACAGAU